GAGAGAGAGAGAGAGAACAGCUCAGGUGUUUCUCUCCUCACUGUUCAACAAGACGAAACAAUCCAAGGACCAGCAGGAGUACUGGUUCUCUUCUUCUGAGCUGGACCUAAACUGGACCUGGACUGGAGGACAGAUUGAGAUGCUGAUUGGUUGAGCAGCGGCUGUCACUAUUGUUUUUGGACUUUAAUGGACGGACAGAGAGAGGACACGACGGCUCAGUGAUCACCACCAGCUGCAGUUGAAAUGGGCUGUCUGGGAGGGAAGACGGAGGAAGAACGACUGGAUGAAAAAGCAAAGAGAGAGGCCAACAAGAAGAUCGAGAGGCAGCUGCAGAAAGAGAGACAGGCUUACAAAGCUACACACAGACUGUUGCUGCUGGGCGCAGGUGAAUCAGGUAAAAGCACCAUAGUGAAGCAGAUGAGGAUUCUUCAUGUGGACGGUUUCAACGCUGAAGAGAAACAGCAGAAGAUUCAAGACAUCAGGAAGAAUGUGAAGGAUGCUAUAGUGACCAUUGUGUCAGCCAUGAGUAUGUUGACUCCGCCUAUGUCUCUGGGUAACCCUGGCAACCAGUUCAGAGUCGACUACAUCAAGAGCAUCGCACCGCUGUCUGACUUUGAAUACACAGAGGAGUUCUUUGAGCAUGCUCAGAAGCUGUGGGAGGACGACGGUGUUAAGGCAUGUUUCGAACGCGCCAACGAAUAUCAGCUGAUCGACUGUGCUCAGUACUUCCUGGACAGGCUGGACUCAGUCAGGAAGACAGACUACACACCUACUGACCAGGAUUUGCUUCGGUGCAGAGUUUUGACUUCUGGGAUCUUUGAGACCAGAUUUCAGGUCGAUAAGGUCAACUUCCACAUGUUUGAUGUUGGAGGACAGCGAGAUGAGCGCAGGAAGUGGAUUCAGUGCUUCAACGAUGUGACGGCCAUCAUCUUCGUGGCAGCGAGCAGCAGCUACAACAUGGUGAUCAGAGAGGACAACUCCACCAAUCGGCUGCGAGAAUCUCUGGACCUCUUCAGAUCCAUUUGGACCAACAGGUUUCUGAAGACCAUCUCAGUGAUCUUGUUUCUGAACAAACAGGAUGUUCUCGCUGACAAGAUUCUGGCUGGAAAAUCCAAACUGGAGGAUUAUUUCCCCGAAUACAGCAACUACCAAGUCCCUCCAGAAUCUGUUCCAGAUGCUGAAGAAGACCCCCAAGUGACCAGAGCCAAAUUCUUCAUCAGAGAUGAGUUUCUGAGGAUCAGUACGGCGAGCGGCGAUGGGAAACAUUACUGUUAUCCUCACUUCACCUGCGCCAUUGACACUGAAAACAUUCGCCGUGUCUUCAAUGACUGUCGUGACAUCAUCCAGCGAAUGCACCUACGGCAGUACGAGCUGCUCUGAUUGGCUGUUGGGUGUCAUGAACUGAACAUGUGACCUGAAGGGGCUGAUUUAGAUGCUUGUUUGAUAUCUAAUCAAUAAUGAUAGAUACCGAUCUAUUUACACGGUUUCUGAUCCAUUCUGAGCAUUUAUCACCUGCGGCUAUUCUUCAACAGGCUUUCAUUGAUUAGCGAUUAUUAAUUAUUGAUUGUGACAGAAUGUGAUGCAGAGCGUUGUGUGUAGUGUAGUUCAGAUGGUGUGUGAGAGGGCGGGGCUAAUAGAUGUAAAAUUUCAAUCUAUUUUUUCAUGUCUCUGAAACUGUUGAAGUAUAUUAUUAUUAUCUCUGCUCUGAUUGGCUGUUCACACUGUAUUUAUACCUGAGACAUUAAAAAUGAGAGUAGAUUAAUUUAAAGAGGAAUUGUUCUGUCCUGCCUAGAGUUACUGAUGAAGUCAAACAUCAAUGUAAACAAAAGAAGUGACAAUAAAGAAUUUUUCUGUCAAACCUUUGGUUUGUUGAUUUUUACUGGUUGAACGUCAGAAUGUGAUGAAGACACUCAACAACAACCGCACAUUAAUACCGCACAAUACAGCUGUAAAUAUUCAGUUUUAAUAAGGGAUGAGAGAGACACGGUCAGGAGCAUCCAGAGACAGAACAUCUGUGGGUCGUAACCAGUCAGAGGACGGGUACCGACCCACAGACCAGGCUGAAAAACCAUCUGAGUCACUCUCACUGGGCAUCAUCAUCUCUUAUAUUUUAUGUCUAAAAGUUAAAUUAAACUGUAUUUCAAGUGUAAAAAAGUAAAAUCUGAAAAAAAAAGACUGAAAACAUCAGAUGAUGAAGUGUGUUUGUGACAUCACAGCCUCCAUGUGGUGGAAACACUGACACAAAUCAAACUCAUGACUGAAGUCGACUUGUCUUCAUGACUUGAACAUUCAUUUAAAUGUUAGUUUGUAUUUGCUGAAACUGACAUGAGUCAAAUUACUGGACUACAAUAAAUUAUAAAAGGUACUUUUAUGACAGUAAAGUAUCUGAAUACUCCUUCCAACAGCUGAAUCAUCUUCACAUGAGGUCGCCUGUCAGCUGACCCUUCACCUGUUCCAGGACCUGAGUGGAUGUGAUGCACCUGGGAACCGGCUGUGCAGUGGUGCUGUAACUAAUCCUAAAUUAUUACAUUCAUGUUGUGGCCACAUGACAGACACUGGGCCAAAAGACAUCAAUAAUCAUUCAUCAGUGACGUCACAGUUUAUAAUCUGCUGGAAAACUUAUUUAUUUCAACUUCCUCUUAUACAAACUCAGUAUCACAGGCCCCGACACACUGCGCAUGCGCAAAGGUAGUGAUCCGUCUCGCCCACAGAGGAUCUUUGGCCCGCUGCCUGCGUGCCCCUGCAGUGUGUGCGUGCUGGCGCAAAGCGCGGCCUUCCGCUCUGUGCUCGUCCUCAACAACAACAACAACAACCGGACAAAGUGUUUCCCGGCUCCCGGUGCGCUGACACACCCAGAGGAACACACUCACACCGGGCCGCUGUGACGGUAAGAGCCCACUCCCCUGGCUCCGCGCUCUCCGUCCCUCCAGCUCCGGACGCCGUUUCCGCGGGGAUGCCUGCGCGCUCUCGAGUCGUUCAUGGCCGCUCGAGCCCCGUCUCGUUCGUGUUAUCGAGGCCGCGGCGCCGCCGCUGCUCGCGUGCCUGUGUGUCGGUCCCGGGGACGGCGGAGCGGAGGAUCCGUGAGAGCACGCGGCCCGCUCCCUGUCCGGCCGUUGAUGAUGUCGAUCUGCAGCUUUAACGGACAAACUGAAGAACAGGCGGCGUAUAAACGCCAUUUUGUGCGUGAUCGGAGCAGCAGGCCAAACGGACGCCAUUUAACAGAAGCACCGAGUGUCACCAACACCUCAUAACGUUACACACCGGCUCCACUGUGAGCCUCCGGUGAACCGUGCGUGUCCACACCGACCCGCUGUAACGCUGUUUAAUCUUUAAUUAGCACGUUAGCUCCCUCACGUCCCACAUGCUAACGGUAGUAACGUUGUUUAACGUUUAGUUAGCAUGUUAGCUCC